UGUGUAGAGAGAUUAGGAUCAAACAAUUUAGAGAGAUUAAUUGAGGUCUCAAAUUCUUUCUUCCGAGAAAAACAAUGCAAUGUUCAAAAGAAACAUUUGGUAGGUUGUUCUACAAUGCAUCAAGCUCCUUUUUCCUUCUCUUCUUCUUCUUCUACUUCACCUCCAUUUUUCUUACUAAGGCCUUCAACUUCCUUGGUGGAAAUCUUCUCUUUCCAAGGAACCAGAAUGAAUAUGAAUAUGGAGUAUUUUCCGACGAAGAGGAGGAAGAAGAAAAUAGGGUUUAUGAUGAAGAUUCCAUGCAGAAGCAUGAUGAGUAUCAUAAUCAUGGUGAUCUGGAAGCCAACAUACUUGAUGGAGGUCAAACUUUGCAUUUUGUGCCCAACAAAAUCAGCCAAGAUCAUGAAACUGAUUUGAACCCUGAUGAGAAUGAGGGCUUGGAUGAAGAAAGUGGUGAUUCUGGUGUAGAAGAAAAUCAUGAAGAUUCUGAAAAUUUGUCUGUUUACGGUUCACCCGCUUUAGAAUCUGUCCAUCGUGAAUUUGAAGAAGAAGAAGAAGAUCAAGAAGAAGUGCGUCAAGAUUUGAUUCCUAGAAUUCGAAGAAGAGAUGCUGAUUCUUCUUCUAAUCAUCAUCGUCGUCAUAUUCAGACAAAUGAAAAUGACCCCACUUCAAAGAGGGCUACGAAUCAUCACCAGCAAACUCGAUUAAUCAAGGAUAACAAUAUUCAUGAAGCAAAAUUAAGUGAAGCAAGACUAGUGAAAGAUGAGAAGAAAAUUGAAGAUGGGAAUUCAAACAAAGAUGAAAAGUUUCUUGUGUUUGCACCAUCAAAAAUGGAAAGCAAGAAGCUGGCUCAACCUCAUCAAGGAAAGGAGAAUAACAACAACAACAACAACAAUAAUAUUCUUAAUGAGGAAGACAUAUUUGGGGACACGUGUACGGUCGGAUCCACUUCAAAAAGCUCAUCGGAGUGGAGAAGCUCAAAUAUAAACUAUAGGGACUCCGGGACCGAUGACCCUUUUUCAUCAUCUUCACGAAGAAGUUGUCCCAAAUGGGAGUCUUAUUCUGUCUUUCAAAAAUAUGAUGAGGAAAUGCUGUUUUUGGAUCGGAUUAGCGCCCAAAAACUCCAUGAAACAGAAUCGUUGAAAUCAAUACAAGCAUGUCCACGAUCAAUAUCAGAGAGGAUAAUUCACAAAUUGGGAACAAAACACAAAAGCUCCGUGGAUUUUCGUCACAACCCAUAUCAUGAAUUGGAGGCAACAUACGUUGCACAACUUUGUUACUCAUGGGAAGUUUUGAAUUGGAACUACAAGUAUUUUCAACGUCUUAGAGCCUCAAGACGGGAGAAUGAUCCCGGUUGUCCUGCUUAUGUUGCUCAGCAAUUCCAACAAUUUUUGGUUCUUUUACAAAGGUAUGUUGAGAAUGAGCCUUAUGAACAUGGAAGGAGACCUGAAAUUUAUGCUAGGAUGAGAAGGUUGGCACCCAAAUUGCUUCAAGUUCCUGAAUACCGAGAUUCAGAGGAGGAGAAAAAAGAUGAGAGUUUCGGGUCAAGGAUUUCCUCGGAUUCAUUUAUGCUAAUCAUGGAAGAAUCAAUUAGGACAUUCAUGAAUUUCCUCAAAGCAGACAGGGAAAGUCGCUGUCGUAUAUUGGCAGCCUUUUUGAAAAGAAAACAUAGAGGUUCAGCAGAUGCUGCCCUCCUCCUCCUCUUAAAGAAAGUAAACAAAAAGAAAAAGAUGAAGAUCAAAGAACUUAAACAUUCGGGCAACUGCUUGAGGCAAAGGAGAUUGAAGCUGGAUGAGGAGAUGGAGAUUUUGAUGGCAUUAGUCGACCUGAAAGUGGUGUCUAGGGUUUUGAGGAUGAGGGAAUUAACAGAGGAGCAAUUGCAUUGGUGUGAAGACAAGAUGAGCAAAGUAAGGGUCUCUGAUAGGAAAUUGCAAAGAGAUUCUUCACCACUUUUCUUCCCAGCACACUGAAUAUUUUUGAUGAUCCAUCAAACAAACAAAGACUGACCCACAAUACAUAUGGAUAGAAUGUUGCUUUAGCUUUAGUUGAUUUGAUGAUGACUAGAUAGUGAAUGUGCAAUAUGAUUUAGAGUUUAGAGAAUAACGGGGAAUGAAUAUCCCUUUCUCCUUUGACAAACAGUAAUGUAGCUACUAGCUAGUGCACAGCUUUUCUUCUCCUUUUUGUGCAAUUUUUUAAUUUGAUUUUUUUUUUUUGUAAUUUUUCUUAGAAUUAGGAGUAAAUAGAAUAAUCAUAAACUACUUGAUGAUGAUGAUAUAAUUCGAAAGUUCGAGAAAUAAGUAUCUAGUGGAUUCUUAGAGUUUUGAAGUCC